AGUGCUCGGCCGUUCGUAUCGUGGCUAUUUUAUGCUUAUUAGUUUAGGGACAUCAUUUAUUUGUUUUCCCACAUAUCUUCCGGACCAAAAAUCAUGUAAUUUGAGUUUCCAGCUAUGGUUUUGAAUAAUAUUCAGUUUGAAUAUACCUAUUGAUAUAUUAUUUUGAAUUGUUUGAGCUUCGAUGUUAAAACAUAAUCAUUUCCCUGUCAAUUUAAGGGUUUAAGCCUUGCCCGAACGAGCGUAUGGUUACAAUUUUUAUCAAAUGGCGUCGUACGGUGCAAAAAUGGCGGAGGCCAUUUUCAACAGUUUGUCGGUGAUGGACACCAACCAGCAGGCAACUUGCCUGAUGGAGGGACAGCCACAACAUGUUGUACAGACAACGGUCACAGUGUGUGGAGAGGAUGACGUGUUUCUUUGCGGUAAAUGCAAACGUCGCUUCGUCACCAUCAACCAGUUCAUGAGUCACAAGCAAUCACAAUGUGUUAUGCCGACCAACGUCCAUGUACCUCACGGGCAUCCCAUGAUGCAACAGCACAACAGAGGUCAUUCCUAUGGCAACCUGGGUCAUUCUCCGCAUAUGCAGGUUUCGUCGGAGGUUGUACUUGGGGAUCAAGGGGUUCCGAUAUCCAACUACACCAACAUGGACCAGUAUCAGAAUACCGUGUUGCAGAGACCUGCGAUGGCUAUGCCUGCUGGACCCUUCCUAGCUCCACAUUCUCAGAUGGGUAUAGCCACAACAAAUAACCAGACCUACACCCAUGCAAAUAGUACACCACACAUGGGAUCCAGUACUAUCACCUUGCAGCAACAACAACAUCAGCAGCAACAGCAACAACAACAACAACAGCAACACCAACAACAACAGCAACAUCCACAGCAACAUCCACAACAACUUCAACAGCAGCAGCAGCAGCAGCAACAACAACACCAUCAACAACAGCAGCAAGUACAGCAUUCAGUCCUCUUGCAAUCGUCCAACGAAACCCUCCCAGCCACUUUCACCAUCAUGCCCAGUGCUCUUGAUCAACCUAAAGAAGUUGUCAUCCCUCCGAAGCAAUCACCAAAACCCAAGAAGCCACGCCAGCCUCGGAAGCCCAAACCGUCUCCAGAUUCUCCGAAGCCUCCUAGGCGUAAGCGGCAGGUUCACCUCUCGCCGACCGGUGGAAAGAUAUCAAGAGCGCCCUCUAAGAAGGUUCACAAGUGUCAAUAUUGUGAUAAGACAUUCCCCUGGAAUCAUGAGCUUCAGAGACAUCUUAGAUACCACACGAGAGAGAAGCCAUUUGAGUGUCCGCUCUGUAAGAGGCAAUUUGCUGAGAGAUGCACUGUAAGGAAGCACUUGAUGACGCACAGGGACCUGUCGAAGAAACUUAAUGAAAAUCUACCUAAGCAUCAUCAAUGUCCGCAUUGCAGCAAGAUGUUCGUUGGAUCCUUCGAUCUUCACCAACACAUGAGGAGUCACACAGGAGAGAAACCCUUCAAGUGUGAGAUCUGCAAUAAAUGCUUCUCUCAGAAGUCUAAUAUGAAGACUCAUAUGAUGAGGAAUAAGAGAUGUUCUACCAUCAGAGCUGCCAUGCAGGAAGAGCAAGCGCAAGAAGAGGCUGCAAAGGAAGGUGAUGGAGAUGAAGAAGAUGGAAGUCAAGAUCAUACAGAAAAGUCACCGAUUAAACUACGCAGCAGAAGGGAAGAGCAAAAGGAAUUUACUUGCCAGAAGUGCAAGUCUGAAUUCACGAGCCUAGAGGAUCUAGGCCAGCAUCUUACCAGCACCAGGCAUCAUCACAGCUGUCCAUUCUGUAAGAACGCCUUCCCGUGCCAGCACUUUCUUAGACGUAACCUCUCCACCAAGAAGACACGCAAGGGAAGCACCUUUCAGUGUCGUCGCUGCCGCAAAAACUUCAGUUCUGCAGCCAUCUUCAAGGUACACAUGGCUAGCCACGCCACGGCCAGUCGACCUCAUAAAUGUGAUCAGUGCGACAAGUCCUUCAAGAAUCCCGAUAAGCUUGCAAAGCACAAGAGGCUAGUCCAUGGACCGAAGAGAAAGCUCAAGUGCCCCUUCCGCAACGUCUCCGAUUGCAAGAAAGAGUUCAAGAACUUUGCAUCUUUACGUAUCCACAUGGUUUCGCACAGCGGCGUGAAGCCCUUCAAAUGCCCGCAGUGUUCCAAGGCGUUCACGCGAAGGCCUAAUCUCAACGAACACAUGCUAACACAUUCCAACGAUUACCCAAUUCGCUGUAGUAGGUGCAAUAAGGGCUUUGCCUACGCCCGUUAUCUGAAAUUCCACCAAUGUCCGAUGUGGGCCCAGUGCCAGGACGCCGUAAACGCUACCAAAUUAUCAGACAAUGACGAUUCCCAAGAGUUGGACGCUGAAGACAAAUCAGACACACUUGAUCAGAGCGAGCACAUAAAGAAGAUUGGGAAUCGCUCAACGGCAGACAUUGAGAGAGAUCUACAAGCAAUAACAUCACAAUUACAGAGCCAGCAGACGCAUUCCAUCGUCCAGGUGGCCGUUCCGAUAUCCAAUAGUGAUGAGGUGACUAGUGAACAGAUAGCAACGGCUAACGCUACGGCCAUUGCUCUACUGGACAUUGGCCAGAUGGUGGAACAGAGUCAGAACCAGGAAAGAAUGAAUAAUAUGGCGCAAUAAUUAUUACUUCAAGUUCAGAAUUCAUCUGAUGGUUUUUUUAAUGGUUCCAAGAGUUGUGUAUUAUUGUUGGAAACCAUUCUAUCCCAACCCUUCAUUUAGUACUUACUUGUAUAUUAUUGCACUGACAAUAUGAAAUGUUUUGUGAUUUGGCUUGAAGUUAGUGCUGUGUGUGUUGAAAAUGAAAAGCAAUUUAUAGAUGAAGAGCAAUUGUUGUCUUCGGACAUGGUCUUUUUUUGUUAUAGACUUUGGAACAACAGUUGAAAGCAGACAGACGGGUAAAUUUCCAUUAGUCAUGUAGUUCUGAGCUUGCGCAUAUUUCGAUGGCAAUGGAGUUACCUGGUAUGUCUGCUGCCACCUAGCAUCCCGAAAAGAUCUCAUUCGAAAUCUCUCGUCCCUUUUUCCCCCAGACCUACAAACAUAGCACACCUUUAAAUCAGGACCCAUUUUCAUAAAGCUUUUGCGUAAAAACUUGCUAAGCUCAAACACAUCUUGCUUAACAGAAACUGGUUACCAGCCAAAUUCAAUGAAGUUUACCAUGUUACAACUGGUGCCCCACUUUUUAUUUUGCUUAGCAAAGAAGCUUGAUAAGCAGUAUCUUCUGAAGAUUGUGGUGCGUCAAGUACAAAAUUAUCCCACUUUGGUUCAAAACAUUACAGCAAAAAGCUGGGGAUGCACACACCAGGCAAUUUAUUGAAACUAUUUCUGAAGCAAAUGAAGGGUGAUUCUUUGAGGUACUGAUUUAGUUGCUAUUGAAAGGAACACGUUGCCUUGGAUCCGGGACGAGUUGGUCUUUAAAAAGAGUUUGUAACAGUUUUUUAUAAAA